CUCAAACAAUCUUCCAAAAAUGUCGCUUAUUCCAAGCUUCUUUGGUAACCGAAAAACCAAUGUCUUUGAUCCAUUUUCCCUAGACACUUGGGAUCCAUUUGAUGGCAUUCUCACUUCAGCCCUAGCCAAUGUACCCAGCUCAGCUCGUGAAACGUCUCAAUUCGCAAGCACAAGGGUUGAUUGGAAGGAAACACCAGAGGCACAUGUUUUCAAAGUUGAUCUUCCUGGGCUGAAGAAGGAAGAAGUGAAGGUCGAGGUCGAAGAAGGCAGGAUCCUGCAGAUAAGUGGAGAAAGAAGCAAGGAGCAAGAAGAGAAGAACGACAAGUGGCACAGUGUUGAGAGGAGCAGUGGAAAGUUCCUUCGCCGCUUCAGGCUACCUGAAAACACAAAGAUGGAUGAAGUUAAGGCUAACUUGGAAAAUGGAGUGCUUACUGUGACUAUUCCAAAGGUUGAAGAGAAGAAACCUGAGGUCAAGAGCAUCGACAUCUCUUCUGCUUAAAAAGGUCCCAAUAUCUGUCAGGAGUGUGCUCAAUGUUAAUUCCCGUCAU